AUGCAGCGUGCAGCGGCUCAUGACGGAGAGUUCUUGGCAGAGAAGCUCGUGAAGCAGCUGCUGGGCCUCGGAUCGAACCCAAGAGUCGACGCAGCCCUGGUCCGGGACCUGCGGCCCUUCUUGCAAGGCUUGCCGGUCCAUCUCGCCGAAACUGCGGCGCUCAUCGAGACCAGGCAGCCGCCGCAGGAGAGCGCCCGAGAGAGCCUGUCGCAGCUGAGCGAAGAUCUGCAGAGUCUCCAGGCAAAGCUGGGCGAGGCCGCGAAGGCCCCGGAGGACGCGGAGGCGGCGGCGGCGCGUAGCUGCCUGGAGGAGCUCCAGAGCCGUCUGGAAGCGAUCUCAGAGGCCUCGGAUGACGAUGCCCUGGCGAUGCUCACAGAGGCGAAGGAGCUCUUGGAGGGUUCUGCUUCCCUGAUGCUGGUGAACCGGAUGGGGAGCUUCGAGCACUUCGAGUCCUCGCUUUCCGAGCCCCUCCACGAACUUUGGGAUUUUGCCUCGGACCACCCGCCCGUCGGGGCGAGAAUCGUGCUGAAAGGCAGCGGCUUUGGAGCCCUGAAUGUGGCCUCCUUCAAUGUUCUAAAUAUGCACUACAUGAAGUAUAUCGACAACGACUGGCAGGGCCUGAAAGGCUCGAAGAUGCAGCAAAGCCCGGCGGAGCAACGGGCCGAGGAACUCGUGUCCGUGAUCCUCAGAAUCCUCCACCACCCAAGCCAUCCCAAGGCCGUCCUCUGCCUCCAGGAGUGCUGGUCGGAGUUCCUGAAUCUCUUGGAGGCGAAGCUCGGCGCCCAGGGCUGCCGCAUACGGUGCACUGGAGACCGGAGCCAAAAGAACCAGGAGGCGAUCGUCUACAACUCUGCCUACGUGGAGUUAGUCGACUUCCACUGCCUCCAGGAGCCAUACUCAUCUGACCUGAAGAAGGUCAUAGCGGUGGCGUGCUUCAAGCUGCAGGGCGGCGGCGAGGCUUCGAACGGGCAGCUGCGGAUAGUCACCACGCACCUACCCGGGACGCCCUACAGCCCUGCUUGUCGGGACUUCAGCGAUGCCCUGAGCUCGGAGAUCAAGGCGGACUGCGGAAAGAUCCCGACCCUCCUCAUGGGCGACCUCAACUUCCCUCUGGAGGUGCUCAGACCGCUUCUGAAGCAUUUCGGGCGGCUGAGGGACGUGCAUUUCGCUGCGAUUCCUUAUCCAACCAAUGUCUCGCAGGCAUCGCUCAUUCCGAAGAGGAUUGACUGUAUUGCAUCUUUAUCUCCCAGCGACGUGCUGGAGGUUGCAGCGCUGGGAGCGGAUGAGGUCCUGCAUGGGCUUCAACCGCAAGUGGACCUGCUACGGUUCAGGUCGGCAGCUCUGCUCUCAGUGUCAGCGCAUGAUGGCGUUGUAUACGUAAUCAGAGUUAAGCCAACCUCUCCAAUGUGUUAA